GAGCCAGGUGUGCGCGUGUGCGUGGUCACGCUGAGGUUUUCUUUCCCCAAACAUUCCUUCUAUUUACAAUAAACUUGUUUGUUGUUAAUUUAUAGGGCGAGUGAAGCUCGCGUUUAUUACGCGUGAAAAAGUGUCGCGAAGAAAAGUACGUGUCCAGUGUCUUAGCGGGAGAAUGUAAAAAGAGAGGCAAAACAAAGUUUGUACGCGUUUCUCAAGUAAACAGGCGGUCCACGUUUCACAGAUUAUGUAUAAAAUUACGGAGGGACAGAAACGGGGUUAGAAUCAGCGAGAGUGCGGGUGAUUGUGAAAUUUGAAGCGUGGUUAUAUCGUUAGGAAUGUGAAUAGGAGUGGGUAAACGAAUAUAUUAGUUCGGAUGCAGCUGCGAGUUAUGCGUGCAGUGGGUGCAUUACAGAUUCGCUUUUGGGGGAAAUUAUUUGAAAUUGUGUCAGUGAGACGGUGUUUUUCAUGCCGCAGCUGUUAUCCUACACCGAUUGAUAUUGCUAUCAUCACUGGAAAGAUGUUCAUCCCGGCCGAGUAAAAGUCGCUGGUUUUAUUUACACUCGAGGGAAUUACUGAGGCCACGUGGAAGUGUUGUAAGCCUGGAAAAAUAUGUGCCAGUAUGUCCGAGAGUGUCCUGGAAGCAGCGAACAGCGACAACGAUCAGAGAGCCUCCCUGUACGUAUUUCCGGUGGCAUUGCAAGCUGCGGCAAGCGGCGUUGGUCCAUCCUACCUAUCGGCCCAGUCACAGCCCUCGUCGAUUCAGCAACAACAGCAACAACAGCAACAGCAACAGCAUUAUGCAGGUGGAAUUGGAGGAGGAGGAGGACACCAGACGAUAUCGGGCGGCUCGGUUUCGACGAUAUCGAACAACGCAGGGGCGAGUCAAACCUCGACGAUGACGUCGACGGGGAUCGGCAAUCCCGGCGCCAUCUUGGCAUCGAGGAGCGCCAAUUCGAGAACCCACGCUCGAUCCGCCAGUCACGGGGGUGUUUUGGCGACCGGACUCGUAACCGCGACUUCCUCGGCCGGGGCUGCGGCUCGUCCUUCGGCCCUCAAGAAACCCGGACACCAGAGGGCCUUCAGUCAAGGCCAGGUCGUCGACGUUCAGGGGCCUCAUCUCGUCACUGGACACAGCCGCGUCGGUUCGAAAACCGACUUCAUACUGCCUCCUGGACAUCGGGAAGAUGCCAGACCACCAACAGGCGGAAAGGUCCCAUCCUUUCGCGGACACUCGCGGCAAGCUUCGAGAUCGGAAUCCAUAUACACGAUAAGGCGUAGCGCCGCGCCUCCGUGGUGGAGAAGACUUUGGGCAAGGUGUUUUGGACCCGCUGCCGAAGAGCCGAGACUAAGAACCAUUGUUCCGAAUCACCUGGUACCACCGAAAACGCCAAAGACUCAGCAUCCGAAUGGGAUCAGGGUGGAUAACAGAGUACGCACAACGAAAUAUACACCGCUGAGUUUCUUGCCUCGAAAUUUGCUCGAGCAGUUUCACAGAGUGGCGAACGUAUAUUUCAUAUCCAUUGUCCUGCUGAAUUGGAUUCCAGCAAUUAACGCCUUUGGGAAAGAAGUCGCCAUGAUACCGGUCAUCUUUGUACUCGGUGUAACCGCGCUAAAAGACUUCUUUGAGGACAGAAGACGAUUCAGCAGCGAUCAACGUGUCAACAAUUCCACAUGCCGAGUAUACGUUGGGGAGAGCGACCGAUACAAAAAGGUUGCCUGGAAGGACGUUAAGGUUGGCGACCUCGUACAUUUGUCAAACAACGAAUUGGUACCUGCAGAUCUUUUGCUAUUGAGAAGCAGCGAUCCUCAGGGUUUGGCCUACCUUGACACCUGCAAUCUUGACGGUGAAACGAAUUUGAAACAGCGCCAAGUUGUCAGGGGAUUCUUAGAUUUACAAAAUAGUUUUAAACCGUCCAAAUUCCGAUCGGUUGUCGAGGUAGAUCAACCGAGCACAAGAAUCUACAGGUUUCACGGGGCCGUGGUUCAUUCCUCUGGUUCCAGGGUGCCUGUUUCGACAGAAAAUCUUCUUCUCAGGGAAUGUCUUUUGAAAAAUACCGACUUUGUCGAGGGGAUCGUUGUUUAUGCCGGUCACGAAACGAAGGCUAUGUUAAACAAUGGCGGACCUCGUUACAAGAGGUCCCGACUGGAACGUCAGAUGAAUUUGGAUGUUGUGUGGUGUGUUUUUAUACUGGUCGUGCUAUGCCUAGUCGGUGCGAUCGGCUGUCGUUUAUGGCUCUCUGGCUAUGAUCUGCAAGUUCCUAUUCCAUUUCUACCAGAUCCUCAGAAUCCUAGUUCCGAAGGAAUGCUCACUUUCCUCACCUUUGUUAUUAUACUCCAAGUAAUGAUUCCCUUAAGCCUUUACGUCACCAUUGAAAUGGCAAAGGUCGUGCAAGUUUAUCACAUUGGAAACGACAGAGCGUUGUAUGAUCCGGAUACUGACCGCAGAGCAGAAUGUCGAGCUUUAAAUAUCACAGAGGAAUUGGGCCAGGUACAGUACGUGUUCUCAGACAAAACUGGUACUCUGACGGAGAACAAAAUGGUAUUCAGGCGGUGCGCUGUUGGCGGACAAGACUACGGUCAUACCGGAGAGGGAGAAAAUUUAAUACCCAGUAUUAGGUUGAAGGAAGACUUACUCAUCGGUUUAUCCAGGCAUAGAUUACAGGAGUUUCUGAUACUUUUAGCAGUAUGUAAUACGGUUGUUGUCAAUACAUCGCCGCACCAUGACGUUAUGAAUUCUAGCGGCGUUAUCGAAGAACCACAUAAAAAUGGAGCUCACACUAGAUAUGCCAGACUGACAGAGUCCAGAAGUGUCACGCCCAGUCCGCCACCGCCUGGUACGAAUCUUUCGCCAAUUCAAUCUUCUACUGAUGCUACAGCGACUGGAGAUCAUGCGCCACAUGUGAAACUGUCAAGUUGCUUAUUUGCUUACAGGCCAAAACUUCUGGGUGUCUCGUCAAUUCCGGGUCUCAACAUCAGUAUACUUACGCGCAAGACAUCACCGACACAGCAUCGUAGUUCUAGUCCAGCUCAUUCCGAGCCUCCUCCAAUAUACGAAGCUGAAAGUCCCGACGAAUUAGCUUUGGUCUUAGCUGCGAGAGCUUAUGAUGUUAAGCUUGUGAAACGAACACCUCACAGCGCGCUAAUCUCUCUGCCAGACAAGUCGACCCUGGACUUUGAGAUUCUCAAGGUACUGCCGUUUGACUCAAGUAGAAAGUGCAUGUCGAUUGUUGUACGGCAUCCGCAUACCAGGGAGAUUGUUAUGUACACAAAGGGUGCGGAUUCGACGCUCAUGUCAUCGCUGAACCCGAAUGACGACGAAUCAACGUCGAAUUUAGCCAGUAAAAUUAGGCAACAGCUGCAUUCCUACGCUCGCCAAGGUCUUCGCACUUUGGCAAUGGCUCGUCGAACUCUCACUCUUCUUGAGUUUGAAACUUGGCUCCAGCGACACAACGAGGCUGAACUUGCUACUGAAAACCGGGAAAGGCGUCUGAGAGAUUCUUAUGCUAGUCUUGAAUCUCAUCUUACGCUGUUAGGCGCCACAGGAAUCGAGGACAAACUUCAGACUGGUGUACCAGAAGCGAUCGCCGCUCUCAUUGCUGCUGGAAUUGUAGUUUGGGUCCUAACUGGUGACAAGCCAGAAACAGCGGUGAAUAUUGCCUACUCAGCACGAUUGUUUUCACCAUCUAUGCAAUUGCUUUGGUUGCAAGCACGAUCCAAAACAGUUGCAGAAACCUUGAUUCACGGUCAUUUGGAAGCUAUUGAACAGGAGCAUUUAGUUGAUUAUUCCACCGAUGUUAAUGAUGCUGAUCCAUCGGAAAGAGUUGCUCACAGAAUUGGAUCUCGACGACAACGUGCCUUGGUUGUGGAUGGAAAAACACUUACUUUUAUUUUGGAUCCAAGGUCAGGACUGACUGGUCCAUUCCUUGAGUUAACUCGUCUUUGUACCAGUGUUUUAGCCUGCCGGGCUACCCCUCUACAAAAAGCCUAUAUCGUACGCGUCGUUAAAGAACAGCUUGGCAUGAGAACUCUUGCUAUUGGCGAUGGAGCAAACGAUGUUAGUAUGAUUCAGACAGCGGAUGUUGGAGUUGGCGUUUCUGGGCGCGAAGGCACCCAAGCCGUGAUGGCUGCGGAUUUUGCUAUUGCUAGAUUUCCAUUGCUGACCAGACUCCUUCUGGUUCACGGUCAUUGGUGCUACGACAGGCUGUCUAGAAUGAUUUUAUACUUCUUUUACAAAAACGCCACCUUUGUCUUCCUAAUUUUUUGGUUCCAGCUGUACUGCGGAUUUUCGGGAGCUGUGAUGAUCGAUCAGAUAUAUUUAAUGCUCUACAAUUUAUUAUUCACAUCUCUGCCUCCUCUGACACUUGGUGUUUAUGACCAACUCGUCGCAGCUGGUACGCUAAUGGCAUCCCCUCAAUUAUAUGGAAGAGGGCGGUUAGGCCUUGUAUAUCAGCCUCAUUCGUUCUGGAUAACAAUGGCUGACGCACUUUAUCAAAGCAUAGUUAUUUUCUUUACUACCGAGGCUGCCUACCAUGACUCUGAUGUGGAUAUCUGGGAGUUUGGAACGACAAUUCUGACCUCUUGCAUGAUCUCGAUGCUUAUUUAUGUCGCGAUAGAAACUAGGUCUUGGACAAUAAUUCACGUAGGCUCUAUAAUCAUUUCACUGGGUGUGUUCUUUGGAUUUUGUCUCAUUUACAAUACCGUAUGUGUCAAUUGCAUGGGACUACCAGGAUCUUAUUGGGUUAUGCAAACUGCUAUUUCGAGAUACAUUUAUUGGCUGACUGUCAUUGUUGCAUCCAUCCUCGCAAUGCUUCCCAGGCUGGUAUACAGGGCAGUGAAAACUACGGUGGCACCGGACGUGAUACAGCAGGCGAUUUUGGAAUCUUCGGCAAAAAAUCGUCAACGGCAGAGGAUUGCAGGCAGAGGUGAGGUACUCGUUGCCGGUUGGUCACGAUCAACUCAACAUGCGACAAUCAGACCAGGAAGUUAUGGGCCUAAGGAUAACGCUCUGACAACUGUAGUUGCAUGACAUCCGUGUGUCACAAUAAGCAGAUACCUCUUCAAGAUUAAAUCCAACCACCAAACAACAAACAGUAAUAUCGCAGUUAGUUGAAAGUAUUGUUAUAUAUCCUUUCCUCCAUAAAUACACAGACACACCUGUAAACACACACAAAGAGUACAACGCCUGAUUUUAUAUUACGUGCUACUUGCCACAGUACCUAUCCACUUUUGGUUGGCUAAAAAGAAAUUAAAAAAAAAAAAAGUAUUAACGCGUCCCGAAUUUAGAUUUUGAUGUGAUCUAGUUUCGUGAUUUGCACUCCUAAGGAAUUGUGUGAACUAGUUUAUGCUAUUUAACAGCCAAUCAUACCAGUUUCAUAUUGCUACGCACGUAAAAUGGAUACAGGUUCAUUUUGCGCACUGUAUUCACAAUUAUUAAAACUUAAUUGAGGGUUGAAUUAUACUUCAACUUUAGCUAGUUGUCAUUUCACUUGGCGUGAACAACUUUUGAUAUGAUUUAGAAUCAGCGUAAAGCCAAGACCAAAUUAUAAGUGUGUCCAAUAGCGGUCAUAUUGAUUUCACGAUGAAGACAAGGUUUUCCUCGAUGUUGAAAACCUAAAAUUAUCGCACAUUAUUUUUCAGCCAACACUUUUAUCAACGAAAUAGUUUGCAUAUCAAAUAUUGGCUAAAUACCUUGAGUUGUCGAGAAUUUAGUGUGCGAAAAUCUCUUGUACGCGCGUCUACAUGUAUUGCAAAAAGAAGUAUGAUUCUCUCUCAAACCUUUUAUAAAUUUAGCAGUAUACCUUAAGUUAUAGAUAUAUAAGAAGAAAAAAGUGAACUAUGAAAUGGAGCUUUGGCAUAGUUUUAUAACCGUUUAACUCAGAUGAAUUUUACAGUAGAAAUUACGUUAGUACCAACUGUACUGGGGGGAGGGGGCCAAUCGCUAUAAUCUGCCGUGUGCCUAAACUGCUGGCUAGCUGGUCAUCGCAACCACCGCUAGCUGGUGCGUUACCAUAGUCCCCGCCAGUAAUGCUAGUAGUCAGGAAGAGGGCAGACGAGGACUGACGAGGUCCUACUGUAAUGUAUAUGUACAAGAGUAGAGGUAAAACUUUCAGGUUGUAUAAUUGGUUCUUGAUAACAUUUUACCAAAGGGGAAGGGGCUUGUGGCGCUUAUUCGACAGUCAACAAUAGCGGCUUACAGUCACCAAUAAGAUUUUGCCACUACUGUAAUACACAAAAAACACAAUUAUACACAUACCUGAUCGUCUAAGCGUCUUACUCAAUUUUUACCUGAGCCUUAUUGUUCACACUGGUGCCACGGGUUUGAUCUGUAAUAGUCAAUUUUUUUUCGAAUAUCUGAAAAUGUUGUAGUCCACAGCAUUCUUUCGAAAACUUUUCGUUGAUCGAAAUUUGAAAUGUAAUGUACAAUAGGUAAUAUUUUAAACAACGAACCCGAUAGUCGAUACGCUAUUUCUAAAUUGAAUAUGGUUUAUUUCACAAUCUACCUUUAUAGAAUGUUGAUUAGGAUUUGCUCAGUCAUUUCUUUGUUCUUAUUUUGUUUUAACUGACAGGUCCAAGAUUUUCUGACAAUGUUUCGAAUCGCUCGGUUUGUAUACUCUGUUUGACAAAUGUGUGAAUUGAAAACGAAAAAUAAGUUAUUAACUACUGGAAUACGAGUGAAUUAAUCCAUUACUGUAGUGGAGUGGCCUUAAACUCAGACUGUUGUUUGUUGCAUUUACUGGCUGUGACUCUUAGGGACCAAUUAUUAGUUUGUUAAUUAUAAUAAAUAAAAUACCUACAUAUUACAUGUAUUAUGGACAUGAUAUGAAUGCAAAAGUGUAUAAAAGUACGUUUGAAGUGAAUCACUUGAAAAAUAUGCUCAGCUUAUGAAACGAAAUAAGAGCAAUUUGCACGUAGAAAGAAUCAGUGGGGUCGCACUUUUUUCAGUAUUGCAUGUCAGCUAGUCUUGGAGACUUAGAUUUUUCUAUCACACAAUUUUUCAAACUCUAUAAGAUUUCCUUGAGUUAUUUGUAACGCACAUUUUCCCGUUAUACUCAUUCCGAUGAUUAUUCAUUUCAUGUUAUCCCACAUGAAGUAGAAAUUAUAGCUGUACAGUUUUACGUGAAAAAUGUCUAAAUCUUCUGAAAAUAGUAUACCAUCUUAGUUUUGUUUUGGUCCUUAGUUUUCAAAUUAUUUAUUUGGAAUACAAGAUUCAUUUCUUUACUGGAGAAAAGUUGGUAAAAAUGUGUCAAUAGUAAACUGAAUACAACAAUCUCUGCGACGUUGACAGAGUUACCAUGUAUUGCAAAUGCCAAUUCGAAAAUCUUUUAAAAGUAUCUUAGACCCGAGUGAUCCUUUACACGUGGAAUUUCACUUGAAUAAUCAUAUGUAAAUAUAAAAAAUAAAUGUAAUUAAUAGUAUACGCAUAUGUAUUAUGUAUAGUAUGUUAUACGGAUACACGCCUAUGAAUACACAUGUAUUUAGAUUCUAUUUUAAUGAGUGAAUAUAUUUAAAAGAAAACUACCUAAUUCAAUUAACCAUGAUAAAAUAUUUAUGUAUAUAUGUGUACACUCGUGUAUACGACGUUAUGCCCUGCAGUUGAAUUAUUGUUAAAUUAUAGACAAUUAAAGAUAUAUUUGAGCAUAUCCGAAGAUUUUAAUAAAUAAAUAAAUAAACAAAUAUAUAUAUAUAUGUAUAUGUAUAUAUAUAUUUUAUGUAUAGACACAUGUAGGUAUUAUGUGCAUGUCAAUAUAAUGUUAAUGAUGCCGCUAUGAUUAUAUUUUGAUAACGACAAAUGACAAAUGUGUGCAUAUUAUGAGUAAAUGAAGUGCUAAAUUAGGAAACUGGUUAUUAAUAGAAAUACUUUUAUUUACACUUUUCGUUAUUCCCGUACUCAUAUCAUUCCAACGUUCCCAAGUUUCACGCUGAGAUUGAUUGAGUGAUUUUCGUAGCUUGUGCGUCUUGCGUGCGGAUCACUUGGAGUGACAAAUUUUGCCUUUAUCUGAUAAAAUAGAUUUUAUUUCUUUAUCAAUCAAAAUCCAGCUCGAUAGGCUCUGCCGCAAAAACGAAUAUUUUAACGAAUUUUUGAAGAUCAUAAGAUAUUUGUUCGUGUGAAACUAACCAAUUCAGUUAUAAUUUGACUUUAAGUCCGGACCUUGACAAAAAGUCGACGAAAAUAACCGUGUAAUAAUAUUAUAAAAGAUCGUUUGUUAGUUAAUUUUUCAGAAUUAUAGUAAGGGUGGGGGGAAUUAAAAACUUUCAAGUAUAUUUUUCUUGCUUUAUUCAGUAAAAGUAAUUCCAACCGUGUAAAUAGAACUGCAACCAUCAUAAUUAACAACGACAAAGGUGCAUGAAUGUACAUACAUACAUUUUUCAUACCAAAUCAUUAAAAUCAAUCAUAUUUUUAAAGCGUCGAAACAUCUUGGUCCGCAUGCUAAAUAAUAUCCAUUUGCUCGUGGCAAUCUUAGGUGCUGU